UUCACCUUGAAAACUAGCCGUUACAUCAAAUCCUCCGCCACCAAUUAUUUGCCUCUAAUUGUAAUCCUUCAAGAUCCUUAAGAACAUUGCCAUUAUUGCUCCAGAUUUUCUCAUUUUCACUCUAGUUUUUCUGAGUCGCCGCUACAAACCCACCAUCCAACUUUCGCAGAGAUCCAUGGUCGUGCCUUCAAACAGAUCAUCCUCCUCGGCAAUGAUUACAAGUAGGGAAAAUCACAAUUCAAGAAACUCGGAGAUUAGCAAUCCCAUUAGGAGGAGUUUCGGUGGGAACCAUUUACGAAAGCCUCAAUUGUUGCCAACCAGAGAGGCUCCAAUCCGAGUACUCUGGCUAAUAGUCAUUCUGUUUCAGCAAAUAAGCUCGAUGGGUAGAGAAAGCGUAGCUUCUUUGCGACGUUGCGAGGAUAAAGAAAACCCAAAAGACCAGAAUGCGAAAGUAGGGAUUGUCCGAUCCCCAGCUUCUUCGAAAGGCACAAAGAAUUUUAUGUCUUCGACGAUAUCAGUGGCUUCCAAGAUGACCGCGUCUCCAAGGAAGAAGAUAGUGGGUGAGAGGAACGAGCCUGCUCGGACUUCCCUUUUGUUCUCCAACGAGAAGAAUCCAUCAUGAUAAGUGAGAUUCUCGAACGUAGUGGAAGAUAUUGAUGCUAAGGAAGAUCCUGGUUUGCAAGAGAACAAGACUGAAGCUGCGGAUGACACGAAAGCACCUCUUACAGCUUCUUCAAUUCAAGAAGCUUUGAGAUGCGAGGAAGUCCUUCAUUCUGAGGUGCCUUUGAGUUCCAAUAUUGAAUCGAAAUCCUUAUCGGAGGAACCUGAUUGUGUUAAUCGUGACCCGAAUUUUAAGAUUAGUCCUACUUCUUCGUGUUUGUGGUCGGGUCCAAUUGUAGUGCCUCUUGAUGCAGACCCUUCAAUGCCUCCUUAUGAUCCUAAAGCCAAUUACCUCUCGCCAAGGCCUUAGUUCCUGCAUGAAAGACCGAAUCCUCGAAUCGAGCUUUAUCUCAAGGAAAGUGAUGGUAGAUGACUCGAGGAAAGCUUUUCUGACACUAAAGUUACAGAAGAAACAAAGUCCAAUAAUUCCCAGAGAGAAAACGAGGAUGUCUCUUCAGGUGAACUAUCAAAAGAAGAAGAGCAAGAAGAGGUCCGUGUUUCUAAACCAAGCUCCAUCAGUACUUAUUUUCCGAAAGAGACUCUCAAAGCAAAAGAGGGAUCAAAGCUUUCGUUCUUUUCAAGAUCGAAGUGCACCGGGCUGCUUUUUCUUCUCUCGCUUGCUUGUUUAUCAAUCUCAGUUACUAAUUCUCCAGUCAUUGAGCCCUAUGUGCUUAAAGUGCCUAGCUUAUUUAAGAUUAAGAGUAUAUGAAAUUGCCGAAUUAUCAAAAGCAAAUUUUGAUGGUUUAGCUCGAAAUUUCUGGCUUAGGUAUGCUAA